UUACUCAUUACAGAAAUGUCAGUUAAUCGGAACCAACUAUUUCGAAUUUUAUUUGUUAUUAUAUUUUUGAAAUUAUUAUUUCUUUUGGUCUUGUAUAUGCGAAGCAAUGUUUAUAUUAAUCAAGAGACUUCAAUGGUCAGUGGGAAGCCAAUUAAAGUGCAAAUUUACGAUAAACUGCUGAUCGAUCGAAGAGGAGAACCUUCAUUGAAGCAACGCUUGAAAUGGAUACGCAAGGAAAUGCCCUCAUUUCCAUUAGACGAGUUAUUAAAUCGCCAAAAUUUAGCCGAAGACCCGAAACAAUGCGGUUUUGUUCCUCAUAUAUUAAAUAUACGAUUUCACAACGAUUACUGGCAAACGGCUAAAACGAAGAAUCUCACAUAUUUUCUCUUUGGAGCCUAUUAUGAUAAUCGGGAAGCAGUCCCAGAGGCCCCGUUAGUGCGACUUCUAGCUAUGAUUGACACGCCAUCGACAAAGGAUUAUCAAUAUCCGAAAAUCUAUUGCCAAUUCUGGCUAAAGGAUCAAAAGGAGCCGGUGAUUGUACCAGUGAGUUCGCAUAAAAAGAUGUGGCCAUUUGGUUGGGCACCCGAACGAUUCUAUCCGCAUUUUUUGGAUUGUCCCCUGCCCGAGGGUGACUACAAAUGGAUGAUACCACAGAUGGUAUCCCUGGUGGCCAAGAGAUGCGAAAGGGGCACCAAUUUGUUGAAGGUGAUCUAUGAACCGGAUGAGGACAAAGACAAAGACAAAGACGAUGUGCUGACAUCAGACAACCAGAAUGCCUCCCGAUUUGUCGUUUGUGUAAAGACUAUGGAUUUUCUUUAUGUCGAUAAGUCAUGGAGAUUAAUUGAAUGGCUGGAAUUGAUGCGACUUCUUGGUGUUGGCAAAGUCGUUUUAUAUGACGGCAAUAUGCAUACGAAUAUGUCCCGUGUAGUGCACCAUUAUUUGGAAACAAAUUCUGAGUUCGUUGAAUUGCGUCCCAUGUCGUUGGGCCGAGGGGAACCGCAUUCGCCCACUCAUUUUCAUCACUAUGCCAUGAUGGACGAUGGUUUCAAUAGAAUUCUCAACGAAAUGAUACCCUAUAACGAUUGCUUCUACAGGAAUAUGUAUCGCUAUGAUUAUGUGGGUGUCUUUGAUAUUGAUGAGGUCAUAAUGCCACUGCACAAUGUGACCAAUUGGUCGGAACUAGUCGAGCUGGCUCGCAUUGUUCCCGACUAUGGGGGAGUGACUCCAGAGAAUUGCACUGAAUGGGUUAGCUUCUGCUUUCGCAAUGUCUACUUCCCCAGAUAUCCCGAGAGACCCAAGGUCUAUAAGAAUCUAUCAAGUUCCUUCUAUAUGCUUCAGCAUGUGGAGCGUGUCCAACAGCAUUGCAAUCGUGGCGACGCGGCCAAAUGUUUGCAUGACACUCGUUUCGCGGUGGCUCUCCACAACCAUUUCACCUUCUAUCACACGGAGGAGGCAAGUUGUAAGGCCAAAUCGGUGCCCAUUGCUUAUGCCCAGCUGCAUCAUUAUAGGGAACCCGAUACCAAAUCCCUGCUUAUAAAUCCCAUUAUCGAUGAUAAUAUUUGGCGCUUUCAGCCGGAAUUGCAACAACGCAUUGAGCACAAAUAUAAGACUCUCGGUUUCCUGCCCGAUCGCCACAAAUUGCAGGAAAUCGAAACACAUCGUAGGCAUUUGGAUGAACAACAACUAAAAGAUGCCAUAAUUCACAGUUAAAAUGUUAUAAAUUUAUAUUUUAAAUCCAAAGUUAUUUUGGCUAUAGCUUCAAUAGCUUUUGGCUUAGGGGGAAAUACGAGUACGUUCUAAGUAUGCUUGGCUUCUCUAUACGACCGAAAAAAUACAAAAAAUUAUAAUUCCAUAA